CUUCCUUCUUCCCAUCCCAGGCCUGGGCGCCUGGCUGCGCCUGGCUGCCUCGGGCUGGACCUGCCCCCUGAUGGCCGGGCCCAACCUCCGCUGGCCUUGCAGCCGUCCUGGGGUGAGGGGGCUGCCUGCCCCUGCCCGUGUGGUGCUGUGGGGACGAAUGGGAGCUUGGGCCGGGCAGGCAGGGCCUGGCCCUGAGUAGGCUCCUUCAACCCUUGCUGACUGAAGAAGCCCUGGAGGGGCCCGACCGGGGCCUGGGCCCAGCUGUGGCCCUGGUCACGCUGCAAGGCUGUUGCUGGCUGGCGGGGGGGGUCAGGCCACCGUGGGCCACCCUCCCUGCCCCUUGAGAUUUCAUACUCUGCAGGUCUCCAGCCCACCAGGCCACUUAAGUUGACUGAUUCUGUGUCCUGGUGCCCGAGGCCUUGGCACCGGGCCUUCACCCAGGGUUAAACUUAGUAGCAGAUUAUCAGUCCCGGGGCUGUAGGGGGGGGGGGUGGAAUUACACUUUCACCAGCGUCUCCUCUGCUGGAGCCACCAGCGCCCGCCUCUGCCAGACAAUGCCUGUGGAGGAGUUUGUGGCCGGCUGGAUCUCCGGAGCUCUGGGCUUGGUCCUGGGACACCCCUUUGACACUGUAAAGGUGCGGCUGCAGACCCAGACCACAUACCAGGGCAUCAUUGAUUGUAUGGUCAAGACUUACCGCCAUGAGUCGCUCCUGGGCUUCUUCAAGGGAAUGAGCUUCCCCAUCGUGAGCAUAGCUGUGGUCAACUCCAUCCUGUUCGGGGUCUACAGCAAUGCCCUGCUGGUCCUGACAGCAACCUCCCACCAGGAGCGGAGGGCCCAGCCACCCAGUUACACACACGUCUUCAUAGCAGGCUGCACUGGGGGGUUCCUGCAGGCCUACUGCUUGGCCCCUUUUGACCUCAUCAAAGUCCGGCUACAAAACCAGACAGAACCAAGGGCUCAGCCAGGGAGCCCCCCACCCCGGUACCAGGGCCCCGUGCACUGUGCAGCCUCCAUCUUCCAGGCUGAGGGUCCCCGGGGACUGUUCCGGGGAGCCUGGGCCCUGACGCUGAGGGACACCCCCACCCUGGGAAUCUAUUUUGUCACCUACGAAUGGCUCUGUCGCCAAUCCACACCAGAUGGCCAGAACCCCAGCUCAGCCACAGUGCUGGUGGCUGGGGGUUUUGCUGGCAUCACCUCCUGGGUCACAGCCACCCCCUUAGAUGUGAUCAAGUCCCGGAUGCAGAUGGCCGGGCUGGAGCAGAGGGCGUACCGGGGGCUGCUGGACUGCGUGGUAAGCAGCGUCCGGCAGGAAGGACUGGGGGUCUUCUUCCGAGGGCUCACCAUCAACAGUGCCCGUGCCUUUCCGGUCAACGCUGUCACCUUCCUCAGCUACGAGUACCUCCUCCACUCCUGGGGAUGAGCCUGGGCAGGCCAGCUGGCAGCCCCCCAGCGAGACCACCGCCCAACUAACUGCCCAGACUGGAGGCCAAGUUGAAAGCACCAGCUUGUGAUGCUGAUUCAAGAAGCUGUACUUUCUUUACCAAGGCCCCUCCAACUCACAGACAGGGCUGGGGAGACAGCGUGGGGAGCAGUAGGCCAGGGGUCCUGGACUCUGCCCAGAAUCUAAGGCUGGCCUUGGCCUCCCAGUUACACACACCUUGAUUCUUUUGCUUCCUGAGUCUGUGAAGUAAACUUACAGCCAGUGGUGCUGGUGACAUUCCAUCCCCACCCCUGUGACUCCACCCCUGUAAGAGCUCUCAGCGCCUCCACUUGGCUGCCUGAGCUAACCACCUCCCUGGAUUCCAGUGAUGACAUCCUCACCUGCGCCCCACCUCACCUCCUUUCAAGCUUCUCCCCUCAGGACUUGAGAGUAGCCCUUAGUCUCCUCUCAUCCAGAAUCUUCUUCAGUAGCUCCCAUCACUUUCAGGAAAAAGUCCAAACUCCCCUCCUCCCAGGCCCUCCUUACCCACCAGCUUUCCUCUUCCUGGGUCCCUAGCGGCAGCCCAGUCCUGCUUGAGGUCCACAGUGGGCAGGGCCUGCAGGGUGACUCCAUCACCCGGCAGGCUGAGCCCGCUCCGACCCAGGCUGAGUGCUGUCUCCUGAAGUCCUCCCUCUGCUGCCUCCGCCUGCCUGGAACUGACUUUGGGGUUUGCAGACCUCUCUGCUCUCCCGUGUGCCUUGAUCAUAGCCUUCGCCUGCGCUUAAUCGUGGUUGUGUGUUUGCUUCUCAGCUCCCCAGUUAGACUGGGCACUCCUUGAGGUCAGGGGUCAUGUCGUACUUCUGACUGUUUCCCAGCACUGAGCCUGAUGCUUGAAGCAACUCAACAAGUGCCCGUCAAGUGAAGCGCACUCCAGACCUCUGCCCCCGACUCCGACCUCCACACCUGCUUCCUUGGUCCUGACCGCCACCCCUCCCUGAGCUGUCUGCUGCCCUGGCCCCUCCCGGGUGGUCUCCAGUGGAGCAGUGUCUGCCUCACCCACUCCCAUCUCUGGUACUGGUUUUCUUUACCCAUCUCAGUCACUAAGUGGGAAUUGAAACCUGGCUGAAAGGGUUCACUUAAUUGGUAAUAAAGUAAGCAGAUUUGUAUACACUAA